CUUAUAUACUCCUACAUCCUCAGGGCUUUUUCUUCCUGAUAAGUAUGUCCCCAAUAAUCCUUCCCAUGUUCAUCUUCGCACUUUCAGAUAUAUUCCCCACUGCGGACGAAUCCGCUAUAAAUGAAAUAUGAUGUUGUUUGCACAGGACGUGCGUAAGUAGCUGUAUAAGUAUUGCAACUACAACUAGUUUGCAACUACAAGGAGCUGUCGCUAUGAACGAUGAGGCCAUGAAUCUGUAUCAACUAGAUCUGCGAUUAUGAUCUUAGGUUGGAAAGCAUCAAACAUAAUGGCGAGGCAUCAUCAGAUGACUUACGACGCGGCAAUGAAAGGGCACUAUUCUGCUGCAACCGGCACUGCUGCGAAUGGCAGGCUACGAGAACAGAUGCCGCAGUUUGGUUUCAUAGCGGAUGACUCAUCCAUAGUACAGGAUGAUUAUUACAGUAGCGGCGCACAAGUAGAUCAAGGUCAAGGCCAAGGCCAUGCCAGUAGGACUACACAACAAGGAGGCCAACGAGUCCAACAGCAGAGAGUGGAGUUGCGACCUCUACUACAUCAGAGAGUCCGAGUGGCUCAACCGCCACGACCGACAGGCAAUUAUAGCGAUUUCUCGUCACAUAACUCGGUCUCUGUUGAUCCUCGCGAUCGAGACUUGAGACCUAAGAGCAUUCCAAGAUCUUCGUCUAUAAGACCAACGCAAGUUCAACAACAUCAUGAUGGAUCUUCAUGGCCACCUCAAGUUCAUCAACAACAUAUUAUUAGUGCAUGCUCGCUGCCUCUUCAAGUCGCACAUCAUAGUGCAUCGGCUACUUUGCAGCGGAUGACUUUGUUACCAUGGAGGAAUUAUAAUGUUAAAGAUGCCAGCACCAAUAAUGUUAAUAAGCCAGCAAGAAACUUCUUCCACAACGUUCGGGAAGUGCAUAAAAACAGUAGUAACUCCAGCACUUUCGGACCAGAAGGAGCGAAAGGUUUCGGUGGAAUCAAAGGAGGAAAGGUGGAUUGGAGCACUUCUGUCCCUAGGUGGAUUCCCGACACCAGCGGGAAUUUGCCACCACAGCAGAAUGUUGAUCCUCCAGAUAUAUGGAAAAAUUCGUCGAGGUCUGGUGGCCAUUCGUCAUCGUCGAGUCAUGAUUCUGGAUUCCGUAAUGAAGAAAACUACAGGUCUACUCUGAGGGAAGUGCCUGAUAACCGUGACAGGAGGAGUAGUAGAAGGAGAAGCAGGUCACGCGCUAGAGGCAGUAGGGGAAGAGGACGGUCGCGCGGUCGAGAUACGCGGACGAACACACAUGCCUCUACUAGGGGACGAACAGGACGAUCUACAGCUAGAGGUCGGCAGGACUCGAGGACAACGAAGCGGUCUCGCUCUCGAGGUCGGCGUGAUUCUACUAGGGAAAGAAGGCGGUAUCAAGGUGGACAUCGUGAUAGACGUGACUACAGGGGAAGAGAACGAGAGCCAUCGCACAUUAGAGGAGGUAGGCGGGAUUCUAGGGAAAGAAGGCGACCUUACAGUUCACGCCUAUUUCAAACCGCUGCAGAGCUUGUUGGUCAAAAUCAAAACUCGGCAUCUUCUACUGAGUCACAUCGUGCAAGGGCUGUUGCAAACGGAAGCACUGCAACUACUGAAAAAGCUGUCCUCUUUGCUGAUAUACAAAGGUUUCCUGUAGUACCAGGUGUGACAGGAGGAACUACAACUGCUAGAGGUGCGGCGAAAACUGGAACUCCUGCGGCUGUAACAGGAACCACAACUACUAAAAGCAGUGCGGUGCUAACUCCUGCUGCAUCUACAGGAACUUCGUCUACUACUAAAACAGGAACUCCAGGAUCAGCAGCUUUAACAGGAGGAUCUCCGCAAAGUACAGCGGUUACUCCACCUAGCACCACUGCUGGAACUGUUGUAGAAGUUUUAGACUCCGACGACUCCUCUGAAGAGUCAUCCAGUUACGAAGAGGAAGAAGAAAUUUCGUAUGAGUCCACUUCGGAGAGCGAAAUGGGAAAGGCCACGACUAACAGUAAGAUGAAUAAUAACGACACGACCAGUAAAAAAACUUUGACUACCACCACUCCUAUGGGUAAGAACGGCAACACCACCACUCACACCACCGCCUCUACCUCUUCUGCAACUACGGAGAACAAGACCAAGAAGGUAGAGGAAAAGAAGAUGAAAAACAAGGCAAAAAGUGUUCCUAUUUUGUCGUUGAAAGACAUGAGCUCUGAUUCCGAAGACGAGGAAGAAGACGAUGCACGACCAUCAGGGAAAGGUGGCAACGAUGCUGGAAACAAAGUCGCACCGAUUGACUUUUCCAAGUGCGGCACCUAUCGUGGUGCUACUGCGGAAAGCAUACGGGCUCGUCGGCUCAACAGCGAAGCGGAUAAGAACAAGAAGAAGGCAGCUGCUCGGACAGUGACUGAUCCUACUACACUCGACAAGGACGUGAUGCACAGCUACGAAGUAACGUGCAUGGCCUGUAAGGCGUUGGUAAGCAAGUUUUUGAACCGACGAAAGACCAGCAAAGGCCAAUUUGUUUGUCGAGAAAUGAUGUUGUUCUGGCAGGGUCUUUUUGGCGGCAAGCGGAUAGUGGAAAAGCCGACCAAGCAGCUGCCGAAAGACUGGCAUGCAUUGUUAAGGCACCACCGACUGACUUGCAGAUACUUAGGUACUCUCUAAUAAAUAAAUCUAAAUGCGAAAAAAUCUAUUUCUCUUGGUUUAAAUUCUCUCGAAGAAUACUUUCUUUGCGUAUCCUCGAAUAUCACACUUUAUAUAAUUCCCCCCAUUCCGUUCUAGUAUCCCCGCUUACCGAGCAAGAGUCCGAAGAUAUUCUCCUGAUUAUCCAAUUCUAAUACUUCCUCCCGCCGAGCAGGAGUCAGAGGAGCGUGCUGCCAUGUCUAAGAUACUUGAAAAGAGGUUCAAGGAAGGCCAUGAGCAAGAAUGCGUCGCAGUGAGAAAUAAGCAUAAAGGCUUUGAAAAUGGUUUCAAUAACCACUUGGAGCGACUAAACGCCGAAUCAGAGAACCCUCUUUGGCGUUUGGAAAUGUCGGGGGGCAAUGAUAGUGGAAACUAUUGCAAGUCACGCAAAAAAUUUUAGCUGUUUAUAAGGUGGCGCUUGAGCAGUUCGUAGAUACGAGUUUGCUGCUCGAGUAUGUUGAUGUUUCUUGACAGUCUGAUGUUGACCUGACCAUAAUUCGCAAUCACCUCCCACGUACAAUUCCCAUGAUGUGAUACAACUACAGAAGAUAUGCCAUCUGCUGUUUCUGCGUACAUGCCCAAUGAAUCCCCUGUCCCGAGCACGUGGGACCCUUAUUGUUUUGGUCCCCGUUUAACUGCCGUAUAAACUUAGUGUAAGGUCAUCACAUCAAGGAAAAAAGCGUAAC